AUGCCGGGGCAUCCGGCCCCCCGGUCGCCCCCGGGCCCCCGGGGACCACCCGGCGGCCUCCUCCCCGGGCCCUUCCAAUUCCAGCCCCGUCGCCAGAGCGUGGACUGGCGCCGGUUGAGCGCCAUCGACGUGGAGCGGGUGGCCCGGGAGCUGGACGUGAUGACCCUGCAGGAGACCAUCACCGGGGUCACCUUCUGCAACCUGGACGCGGAGCGCUGCGCCCACUGUCAGCAGCCCGUGGAUCCCGUGCUCCUCAAGGUGCUCAAGCUGGCCCAGCUGACCAUCGAGUACCUGCUGCAUUCCCAGGACUGGCUGAGCGGCAGCGUGGCCCUCCUGGAGGAGCAACUGCGGAGCGCCCUGGACCAGCGCGAAGGCGCCCAACGCGAGCUGGGCCGCCAAGCCCAGGAGCUCAAGGGCCUCAGGGACCAGAGCCGCCGGCGCAAGAAGAUGAUCGCCACCCAGCAGCUCCUCUUGCAGGCCGGGGUCAACAACUAUCACAAGUGCCACUUGUGCGACAAGACCUUCCUGAACUACUCCUACCUCCAGGCUCAUAUCCAGCGUCGUCAUGUCGAGGUCACAGAGGCUGAGAGACAGAAGAAGAAGCAAGUCGAACAGAUGGAGGAUGGGCUAGAGGAACUGAGAGUAAAGCUGAAACGGACCGAAUCUCAGCUGGAAGCGGAGAGGGAAGAUGAGAAGCGGCGACGAGCUCAGGAAUCCGAGCAGGCCCAUCAGAGGGAAGAGGAGGCCAAGAGAGAAUUUGACAAAUGGAAAGAAGAGGAGAGGACCAAGUUGCACCAGGAGAUAGACAGCCUAAGACAAUUGUUUCUCAGUGAAUUUAGAGACAUCACCAGUAAGAACUCUUCCCUAGAAGGGAAACUCCAGGCACUCCAAAGUCAGAAACCGAAGGAGUCCAACCUCGGGACCCUGCAGGAUGAUGGAAACGAAGACCGACGUCGACAGGAGAAAGAGCUCCGGGCCCUGCGGGAGAAGGCUGAACAGCAGAAAAUGGAGUGGAAGAGAAAGAUGAAGGAACUUCAAGGGGAGCAUUUAGCAGAGAAGGAGGAGCUGAAAGGUGAGAAUGAAAGGCUCCGGGCUACUCUGUCUCGAGACCAGAAGAAAGCCACGGACCACUUUCACAGUCAAAUGCUCACACUGAAUAACCAGCUCCGAGAGCAGGCUAAGGUCAUCAAGUCCCAGGAAGAAGUGAUUAAGAAGAUGUCUCUCAGGAAAACUAAAGUGAUCCAACACGUGUCCAAGGCUGCGAAUGAGAAAGAAGAGUCUACUGAAGAAGAACUGGAGGACUCCCUGGAUCGAAAGCAGCAGGUGUUGGAAGCACUUCGGAGCAACCCCAACUUACUAAAGCAGUUCCGGCCAAUUCUGGAGGAGACUCUGGAAGAGAAGCUGGAGAGCAUGGGAGUGAAGAGAGGCACAAAAGGAAUCUCGGCUCAGGCGCUCCGGAAUCUGGGGUUCCUGAUAAAGACCCAACAGGAGCAUAAGGCCAAGAAAUUUCCUGAACUUCUGAGCCUGAGGGAAAGGCUUGGCAGAGAGGUGAGCGGAAAGGCCAGGCAGAGGCAGAAGAAUGAGGAUAUUGUGUCACAGCCACCCAGCAUAGUUUCAGAUCAUUUCCUUUCUCCAGCUGUCAGCCACAGAGAGACAGCAACUCUGGUUAGCAGCUGGAAGAGCCCAUCGGCCUCCAGACAGACCACCCCGAAGCCGCGGACGGCGCGGAUGGAGGCUCAGUCGGAGCCCCCCAGACCGACUCCUCGGAGGAAAGUCAGCGGCCCGGCGAGGCUGCCGGAGAGCCCGAGGCCCGCUCCGAAGCCGGCUCCUCGCAGAAGAACCCACAGUACCACCACUCUGCCCGGCUCUCCCGCCCUUCAGUUGAGCACCUCGCCUUUUAGCUCGGAGGGCGACUCAGACGGAAGCGACGCUCGCCGUGGGAGCCCCGGAAUGACUCGCCCCCAGAGACUGCGGCAAGCCCAGCCCCCGUCUCGCCUGGAGACCAGAGUCGAGAGCGAGUGGUCCUUGUCUGACACAGACGCCUCCGAUGGGAAAGCCAUCCAUCAUACAGGGGCUGGAGUUGACAAAAUGUCACCCUCAGGGACUGUGGUGCUGUCCAUGGCCCAAAAUCUGGAGAGACAGCUCAGCACCCCUGGGAGGAAGCCUGCCGGAGGGGUCCGUCUGUUUCCAACAUCCCCCGUGGGACUUCUGAAAACCUCAUCCUCUGUCAAGAAGCCCCAGCUCUCAGCGGAGGACAGUGACUUGGAGAUCUCAUCCUUGGAGGACAUCACCCAAGACCUGGACUUGGGCCCGAAGGCCGAACGACCAUCGCUUCCACGCUCUGAGCUGGGCGCGAGGCACAGAGGGGACUCCAUGAGCUCACAGGCCACGAGCGUCUGGACUUCCGACAGCGCCAGGGUAGCGGGAUGGUGAAUCCCGCUGGCCGCUUGACUGGAAGCUCCUUGUGGACGGGGAUCGUGUCUCCCAACUCUGUUUUAUUCUACUCUUCCAAGCGCUUAGUACAGUGCUGUGCACACAGCGAGCCUUCAAUAGACACCACGUAUUGAUGGCCAAAGU